AUGCCAAGAGACACCCUGCUUGCCUCCAGGGUGCCCUGGGUUUCUUGGGUUUCGAUGGUGUUGCGAUGGAAAAACAUGUCGUGGCAUGCCUAUGGGAAUGCCGGAACGGUCUGCCCCUGCUCAAUCUGCAGCAUCGUCGCCGCGCCGUGCUGCCGGCGCCCCCGCCGCGCGGCAGCGUCACCGCGCGGUGUCUGCGGCGGGGGCUGGCGCCCAGGGUGGCGGGCAGGGCCCGCAUUCGCACCGCCGCAGCAGCAGCCCGCCGGAGCGCAGGAUCCCCGAGAGGAGCCUGUCCGCAAGGCCGGGGCGCCGUCGCCAGCGCGGGAGAAGCAGCAGCUGUGCGUUCUUCGGACCUCACGUCUAGGGUGA